GGUGGAAACUAGACCCGUGUGUCCCGUGUUGCCGUGUUCACAGGAUCGAAUUAAAAGCAAUUAAAAGGAAAGCAACCAAGAUGUCAGAAACUAUUGAAAGACAUGUGGAAAAAACGAUGAAUUCGAAAGAAUUAGAUGAAGCCGGAACGGCGGAUGCAACCAAAGAAUACAUACAAAAUGUUUAAAAAGAGGCAGCGUUCCAGUUUCUUUCGUAGGAGAUAUCUUUUUCGAACUUAAUUGCGCCUCUUGUAAUCCACUACUAGGCGAAACGGUCAUGCGUGACAAGAUGCCAUGGCUUAAUAUCAUUGUCUUAACGCUUUACAAUCUGCGUGAAAAAUCAAGUGGCAUCAGUAGAAAAGGAUACUUUCAUUGGAAGUCUGAUAUUAGUACUUUUGUGGAUAGAAAUUGGGAUUAUUUAUUCAAAAAAACUGUGAAAAGGAAGAAGAAUUGGAUUGGCACCAUCUCUGGUACAUUAUCCCAUUAUAGCUGUAUUUUUUUCAAAUCUGGUACCAAUGAAUUAGGAGAGUCUGGAUGGUGGAAACUAUUAAGCAAUGAUCCUCCUGAAAUUUUGAUUGCCAGAAACAAUAAAGUGAUGAUUGAUAGGAAAAAACAUGGCACAAAAUUAUCUUACAAGUUACUAGACAGUCCUGCACCAUCAGACUCUAGUCUUUCGAUUGGAGAGGAUAGCAAUAAUGGAGAACUAUUUAAAAAUAAAGAUUCGUCGAUGUAUACACAUGCAUAUGUUCAACCUACAGAAACGCUAUCUGAUUUCUUAUUCGAAGAAGAUGAACCAAAUGAUAUGGAUCUUGAGGAUGAUAUAUUACGCAAAGAGAACGAUGUUCUAUCCAUCUCCGAUUUAAUACGCGACUGCCAAUAUGAAAGCAGUUUGCAUUUGGAACAGCUAAUUGAUAACUACGAUUGGCUGUGUAAUACGAGUACUUUAUCGCCAAACUGUAGUAACGGGAUUAAAAAGAUAAAGGAAGAAGCAUACGACGAGGACAGUAACGAUAGUCCAGUUUCUUUACAAGAACAGCCUCCAAUUUCUUGGUUUAAAGAAACAAAAUGCCGUCCACGACCUUGGGCCAAGUCAUUUGUUAACAACAAAGAAAAAGUAUCACGUAUGACUCGUCAAGAAGAAGCAUAUUUGUUGCAAAGAUUCAGUAAAAAUAAUCUUGACAAAGCCCCGGCUGUUAUUAGACGAUUAUACCGAAAAUUAAUGAUACGUAAAACAAAAAGAGAAUACAGACUUCCUCUAUUAGACAUUGAUUAUUUUGGAUAUAAAUCAGCUUUCUCAAUCCCGUUAAAAAGAAAUGAUCGAGUAUUGGAUCGAUUUUUUAAUGACGAUCUGGGAUGUAUUUUUGAACAAAGAUUGCAGGGUUACAAUGAACCUACUUCUGUACAUAGCCCGUACACGAAUAGACUCUUGAAGCCGUUUAUAAGACGAGCGACCGAUUGUCAACCGUUAUGGUUACAGAUAAUGGAAGAACUAUGCACAAAGGUAAAUAGAGACAAUCCACAAUGGAAAUUACCGGUCAGAGCAUCUGUUGAUUAUUCUUACAUCAGACCGCAACAUAUUCCGGCGAUCAACAGUCUCUGUUGUCAAUUUUUUUGGCCUGGUAUAGAUUUGACCGAAUGUUUGCAGUAUCCAGAUUUCACGUGCGUUGUAUUGUAUAAAAAGUUAGUCGUAGGUUUUGCAAUAUUAGUACCAUAUAUUGGCUUCAACGAAGCCUAUAUCUCAUUUUUUCUCACACGUCCGGAGUGGCGAAGAUCUGGCAUUGGUACCUUUAUGCUGUAUCACUUGAUACAAACGUGCAUGGGGCAGGACGUCACGUUACACGUAUCAGCUACGAAUCCCGCUUUAAUAUUGUAUCAAAAAUUUGGUUUUAAGGUAGAAGAGUUCGUUCAGGACUUUUAUGACAAAUACAUGCCGCCGAAUUCGCGAGAGUGUAAACACGCUUUGUUUUUACGUUUAAGCAGAUGAUUUUAAUUAUCAACAGAGUCUUGAUUAAUAAAUUGCUUUUUCAGACA